AUGAGCGUGAAAAAAGAAUUGCGGUCUAUGAUGAGACAGAAGCUCUCGUCUGUAGGGUCCGGGGUGAUUAGUGAACAAAGUGGCUACAUUUUAAAGGCUAUCAGCGCCACUCCCCAAUACAAGAGUGCUAAGCGCAUCGGUAUUUAUCUCUCUAUGCCCAAGGGCGAAGUUCAAACAGAUGAGAUUGUACGGGAUGCUCUCCGACUAGGCAAGCAGGUAUUUGUCCCUUACAUUACCCAAGGCUCAGUGAAGUCCUCCAAAAAGUCAGCCUCGAGUAUGGAGAUGGUAGACUUGCUAUCUCUAGCCGACUAUGAGUCACUGGAGCGGGAUAAUUGGGGAAUUCCAUCAAUCGCUGCGCACACAAUCGGGCAGCGGGAACAGAUCCUUCAAAACUCACCUGCCAAUAAAGGGCUCGAUAUGAUUCUUGUGCCUGGACUCGCUUUCCAGGUGGACCCUAUCUCCAGCUUGGUGAGACGGCUAGGGCAUGGUAAGGGCUAUUAUGACAGGUUUUUAAACCAGUACAAGAUAAAAUUUACGACGAAUGGUGGGCAAGCAGAUCGCACAAGUGAUGUAUUACUUCACGGACUGGCUCUCAAAGAACAGGUUUUAACUGCGGAAGACGAGAUGUCCAUACCUAUAGAGACUCAUGAUUUCCUUUUGCAUGGUCUGGUAGUCGGUGAUGGAAGCCUCUUAGAAGCCCCACAGCAGCAAAUAUAG